UAUAGACUUAUUGUGCUGAAGAAAAUUUAAGUUGCAUCAGUGAUGAUUAAAACUUUUUCGGGUGAAAAUGUCUGUUGUUCUCUUGGCAAUAAUAAUUGUGUUGUUAAGUUAUUUAAUUUGGAACUUUGUGGCCGGCAAGCCGAAAAAUUCACCCCCAGGAAUCAUCAGACUGCCACUUUGGGGGUCUUAUUGGUUUCUUCUUUGGGGCAAUUAUUACUUCCCCCAUCAAACGGUGGCUUACUAUGUUAAAAAAUUGAAGUCCAAAAUAAUAGGGUGUUACUUCGGCGACGCUUACACCGUUAUUGUCAACGAUUACGCGAGUGUAAAAGAAGUAUUGACGAGAAAAGAAUUCGACGGAAGAUUAGGAGAUAAUUAUAUCUUGCGAGCGCGUGCUAAUGGGAAGAAACUAGGGAUGUUUUUCAAUGACGACUAUGAAUGGAAGCAGCAGCGAAGAUUCGCGUUGCACAAUAUGAGGAAUUUGGGAUUCGGUAGGCGACACGCGCAAUUAGAGACCGUUUUGGCUGAAGAAUUGGACGUUUUAGUGGAUACUAUCAAAAACGGGCCGAUCAAUGACAAAGAGAAGCAAGUCGUUGACAAAGAUCGUGUGUUAUUCCCCGACAUUUUAUCGCCGAUCAGCGCCAAUUACAUCUGGGCCGUGAUGGCGAACAAGCGACUCCCGAGGACAGAAACCGGCGAGGAACAUGAAUCUUUGCGCGAAUUGUGCAAAUGGGCUAGAACUUUUCAAGCAGGAGGAGACACUUCUGGCGGUGCUAUUAGUUUGACACCCUGGUUGAGAUAUUUUGGAAAUUUAUUUGGAUACACCGAUUUCAUCAAUGGUAAUCAAGCUAUAAUCAAUUUCGUCAAGUUAUCAGAAGAAACCAAUGAUGCCUUCAUACCGACUUACUUGCGCGAAAUGAAGAAAAUCCACAAAAAAGCAGGCGAUAAUUCCGAAGACAUUGACGCCAAGAUGUUCUCAACAGAGCAAUUGGUAAUGAUCUGCACUGACUUCAUGUUUCCCGCCCUGUCAGCAGUACCCGCGGUUGCAACCAAUUGCAUCAAGUACAUGGUCCACUAUCCGGAAGUGAUGAAACGGGUGCAAGAAGAAAUAGGCAGUGUAGUGGGAUCCAAUCGUCUUCCUGUCUGGGACGACCGCACCAGGUUGCCGUUUACGGAAGCAGUAAUUAGAGAAGUCAUGAGGAUCGAAACAGUAACUCCACUGAGCGUUGGUCAUCGGUGCACAGAAACGACGCAAUUUUUCGAGUAUACGAUACCUGAAGAUACUUUAAUGUUGACAAAUUUAGCUGCGAUGCACAACGAUCCAGAUUUAUGGGGCGACCCGGAAAAUUUCCGUCCUGACAGAUUUGUCGAAGACGGAAAAAUUGUUAAAGACUUGACACUACCUUUUGGAUUAGGAAGACGAGUAUGUGCCGGAGAAACUUUCGCCCGGUUUAUAAUUUUUGAACUUUUUACAACUUUGGUCCAAAAUUUGGACUUUGAGCGCCUGGAGGGCCAGCCUACAAGUCUUCAAGACAAAAUUCCAGGGUUAAUUGUCCAGCCGAAAAGCUUGUGGAUCAAAUUCAAGGCACGGCAA